AUGGUUCCUAAACCAAAUACGGAUGAUUGGCGUCCUUGUGGCGAUUAUAGAGCCCUAAACAAUAUCACUAUGCCCGAUCGGUACCCCGUUCCUCAUCUUCAGGACUUUGCUGGAGCCCUUUUCGGCAAAACCAUUUUCUCGAAGAUCGAUUUGGUGCGGGCUUUUCAUCAAAUUCCGAUUGCGGCUGAGGACAUUCCCAAAACGGCAGUGGCGACUCCUUUUGGCUUGUUUGAGUUCCUUCGUAUGCCAUUUGGUCUCCGAAAUGCCUCACAAACUUUCCAACGUUUCAUUGACCGUGUUUUACGCGGCCUUCCAUUUGUUUAUGCGUAUAUUGAUAAUGUUCUCGUCGCCAGUCGAGAUGUGGAGGAACAUCUCCAUCACCUUACCCUGCUUUUCGACCGAUUUCAGCAGUUUGGUGUCACCCUGCAUCCUUCCAAAUGUGUCCUAGGAGCCACUUCUCUUGAGUUCUUAGGUCACCUGAUAGACUCAAACGGCAUUCGGCCUCUUCCCUCAAAAGGUGCCGCCAUUCGGGACUUUCCACCCCCUACCUCGAAGCGUCAGUUGCAACGGUUUCUUGGUAUGGUGAACUUUUAUCGCCGGUUUCUCCCGAACUGUGCCGAUACCAUCCUACCUCUGACCAAUCUCCUCUCAGGUUCUAAACGCACCUUUGAACUCACACCAGCAGCACUCACGUAA